AUGAUUUUUAAAUCUUUUCUACUAGGUAAUCUAGUAUCCUUAUGCAUGAAGAUAAUCAAUUCGGUCGUUGUGGUCGGACUCUAUUAUGGAUUUCUGACCACAUUUUCCAUAGGGCCCUCUUAUCUCUUCCUUCUCCGGGCUCAGGUUAUGGAAGAAGGAACCGAGAAGAAGGUAUCAGCAACAACUGGUUUUAUUACGGGACAGCUCAUGAUGUUCAUAUCGAUCUAUUAUGCACCUCUGCAUCUAGCAUUGGGUAGACCUCAUACAAUAACUGUCCUAGCUCUACCCUAUCUUUUGUUUCAUUUCUUCUGGAACAAUCACAAACACUUUUUUGAUUAUGGAUCUACUACCAGAAAUUCAAUGCGUAAUCUCAGCAUUCAAUGUGUAUUCCUGAAUAAUCUCAUUUUUCAAUUAUUCAACCAUUUCAUUUUACCAAGUUCAAUGUUAGCCAGAUUAGUCAACAUUUCUAUGUUUCGAUGCAACAACAAGAUGUUAUUUGUAACAAGUAGUUUUGUUGGUUGGUUAAUUGGUCACAUUUUAUUCAUGAAAUGGCUUGGAUUGGUAUUAGUCUGGAUACGGCAAAAUCAUUCUAUUAGAUCCAAUGUACUUAUUCGAUCUAAUAAGUACCUUGUGUCAGAAUUGAGAAAUUCUAUGACUCGGAUCUUUAGUAUUCUCUUAUUUAUUACCUGUGUCUACUAUUUAGGCAGAAUGCCGUCACCCAUUCUUACUAAGAAACUGAAAGAAACCUCAAAAACGGAAGAAAGGGCGGAAAGUGAGGAAGAAAGAGAUGUAGAACUAGAAACAACUUACGAAACGAAGGGGACUAAACAGGAACAAGAGGGAUCCACCGAAGAAGAUCCUUCUCCUUCCCUUUUUUCGGAAGAAAAGGAGGAUCCGGACAAAAUCGAUGAAAGGGAAGAGAUCCGAGUGAAUGGAAAGGAAAAAACAAAGGAUGAAUUCCACUUUCACUUUAAAGAGACAUGCUAUAAAAAUAGCCCAAUUUAUGAAGCUUCUUAUCUGGAUGGGAAUCAAGAAAAUUCGAAGUUAAAAAUACUUGAAGAUAAAAAGAAAGACCUCUUCUGGUUUGAAAAACCUCUUGUAACUCUUCUUUUCAAUUAUAAUCGAUGGAAUCGACCGUUGCGAUACAUAAAAAAUAAUCGAUUGGAAAAUGCUGUAAGAAAUGAAAUGUCACAAUACUUUUUUUAUCCAUGCCAAAAUUUUGGAAAAGAAAGAAUAUCUUUCACCUUUCCUCCUAGUUUGUCCGCUUUUUGGGAAAUGAUACAAAGAAAGAUGCCCUUGUCCAGAAUAGAAAAGCUCUCUUCUGAUGAAUUAUACAAUCAUUGGGUUUCUACCAAUAAUAAAAAAAGUAAUAAUCUAAAAAACGAGUUGAUAAAUAGAAUUGAGGCUCUAGACAAAGGAUCCCUUUCUAUGGAUAUACUCGAAAAAAGGAUUCGCGUAUGUAAUGAUGGGACCAAAUGGAAUCAGGGGACUAAAAAAGAAUACUUGCCAAAAAUAUAUGAUCCUUUGUUAAAUGGGCCCCAUCGUGGAACAAUCAAAGAAUUGUUUUCGUCCCUAAUCAUAAAUGAUAAUUUUAUAGAAAAAAAUAAGAUUCAUUCUAUCUUUUUUACUGAUACUGAUUUCCGAGAAUUUGAACAGAAAGAAGAUAUAUUUGAUAAAAAGCCAUUCUCAACAAAAAUUAGUAAUUUCUUGACUUUAAUCAAUGAACUUGCUAGAGAACCAAAAUCAAAUUUGAAAGAAUCCUCUUUAUUUUCAGAACAAAGCCAAAUGGCUUCAGAAAAUGAAACAAAAUUUGUAUUCAAUGGAAUCAUAACUGAUCCUAAUGAUCAAAAAAAAAAAAAGAAAUCUGUUGGAAAAAAAGAAAUCAGUAAAAAAGUCUCUCGAUGGUCAUACAAAUUAAUCAACGAAUUCGAACAACAAGAAGGAGAAAGCGAAGAAGAAGUACCAUUGGAUCAUCAGAUUCGUUCAAGAAAAGGCAAAUAUGUAUCGAUUUUUACUGAUAACGGGCAAAUUCCCGAUCCCGAUACUAGUGAUUCUGAUCAAAUAGACGAAGUGCCUUUGAUACGCUAUCCACAACAAUCGGAUUUUCGUCGAGACAUAAUCAAAGGCUCUAUGCGAGCCCAAAGACGUAAAACAGUUAUUCGAGAACUCUUUCAAGCAAAUGUGCAUUCCCCACUUUUUUUGGACAGAAUAGACAAAUCGCCCCUUUUUUCUUUUGAUAUUUCCGGACUGAUGAAACUCAUUUUUCGAAACUGGAUAGGCAAGGGAGUCGAAUUACAAAUUUACGAUUAUACAGAAGAAGAAAUAAAAGAAGGAGAGAAAGGGGAGAAGGAUAAAAAAGAAGAAACCCAAAGAAAAGAUAAAGUAAGGAUACAAGUAGCGGAAGUCUGGGAUAACAUCCCAUUUGCUCAAGCAAUAAGAGGUUGCAUGUUAAUAACUCAAUCGAUUCUUAGAAAAUAUAUUCUAUUACCUUCAUUGAUAAUAGCGAAAAAUAUUGGACGUAUGCUAUUUUUGCAAUUUCCUGAGUGGUCUGAGGAUUUAAAGGAAUGGAAUAAAGAAGUGCAUGUUAAAUGUACCUAUAAUGGUGUUCAAUUAUCAGAAACAGAAUUCCCGAAAAAUUGGUUAAUAGACGGCAUUCAGAUACAGAUCCUAUUUCCUUUCUACCUGAAACCUUGGCAUAGAUCUAAGCCACAGUCUUCUCAUAUAGAUCGAAUGAAAAAGAAAGGGAAAAAAGAUGAUUUUUGCUUUUUAACAGUUUGGGGAAUGGAAACUGAACUCCCCUUUGGUUCUCCCCGAAAACGGCCUUCCUUUUUUAAACCUAUUUUUAAGAAACUCCAAAAAAAAAUAGGAAAAUUGAAAAAAUGGAAAAAGAAGUAUUUUGGAGUUCUAAAAGUUUUAAAAGAAAGAACAAAAUUAUUUCUAAAUAUCAUAAAAAAACCAAAAAAAUGGAUUAUCAAAGGAAUUCUUUUUUUUAAAAAAAUAAAAAAAAAAUUCUCAAAAGUAAAUCCAAUUCUAUUAUUUCGACUGGGAGAAAUAAAUAAAUUAAACGAAACUAAAAAAGAAAAAGAUUCUAUAACCCAUAAUCAGAUAAUUCAUGAAUAUGAAUCCUUUCGUCGAAUUCGAUCUACAGAUUGGACAAAUUAUUUACUGACUGAAAAAAAAAUGAAGGAUCUGAGUAAUAGAACAAGCACAAUUAGAAAUCAAAUAGAAAGAAUUACAAAAGAGAAAAAAAAAGUGAUUCCAGGAAAAAAUGUUAGUCCUAAUAAGACAAGUUAUAAUGCUAAAAGAUUCGAACCACAAACAAAUAUUUGGCAAAGAUUAAAAAGAAGAAAUGCUCGAUUAAUCCGUAAAUCACAUUAUUUUAUAAAAUUUUUCAUUGAAAAGAUAUACAUCGAUAUGCUUUUAUCUAUGCUUAAUAUUCCCAUAAUUAAUAUACAACUUUUUCUUGAAUCAACAAAAAAAAAUUUUUAUAAAUCCAUUUAUAAAAAUAAAACAAAUCAAGAAAGAAUCAAUAAAACAAAUCAAAAUACAAUUCACUUUAUUUCGACUAUAAAAAAGUCACUUUAUCAUAUUAUUAAUAAUAAUUCACAGAAUUUUUUCGACUUAUCCUCCUUGUCACAAGCCUAUGUAUUUUACAAAUUAUCACAAACCAAAAUUCUUAACUUGUAUAAGUUAAGAUCUAUUCUUCAAUAUCGCGGAACGCCUUUUUUUCUUAAGACUUCAAUAAAAGAUUAUUUUGGAACACAAAGAAUAAUUCAUGCUGAAUUAAGACAUAAGAAACUUCCGAAUUCUGGAAUACAUCAAUGGAAAAACUGGUUAAGAAAUCAUUAUCAAUACGAUUUCUCUCAGAUUAGAUGGUCUAAAUUAAUAGCACAAAACGGGCGAAAUAGAAUCAAUCAAUGGCAUCCAAAUCACAAUCAAGAUUUAAACAAAGAGGAUUCAUAUGAAAAAGACCAAUUAAUUCAUUACAAAAAAAAAAAUGAUUACGAAGUAUAUUCAUUACUAAAUCAAAAAGAUAAUUUUCAAAAAUACUAUAAAUAUAAUCUUUUAUCUUAUAAAUUUUUAAAUUAUGAAAAUAAGGUAGACUCCUAUAUUUAUGUAUCGCCAUUCCAAGUAAAUAAGAAUCAAGAUAAUUCUUAUAAUUACAACAUAUAUAAAGACAAAUUAUAUGAUAUACUAUGGGAUAUCCCUAUCAAUAAUUAUCUAGAAAAAAAUGAUAUUAUGUAUAUGGAAAGAAAUCCGGAUAGAAAAUAUUUUGAUUGGAAAAUUAUCAAUUUUUGUCUUCGAAAUAAAAUCGAUAUUGAGGACUGGAUCAAGAUCAAUACUAAUAGUAAUAAAAAUACUAAGACUGGGACUGUUAAUUUUAAUUAUCAAAUAAUUGAUAAAAUUGAUAAAAAAGAUCUUUUUUAUCUUACAAUUCAUCAAGAUCAAGAAAUCAAUUCACCCAAUCAAAAAAAAAUCUUUUUUGAUUGGAUGGGAAUGAAUGAAGAAAUACUAAGUCGUCCCAUAUCGAAUAUGGAACUUUGGUUCUUCCCAGACUUUGUACUUCUUUAUAAUGCAUAUAAAAUGAAACCGUGGUUUAUACCAAGCAAAUUACUUUUUUUAAAUUUGAAUAUAAAUGAAAAUAAAAAUAUCAAUAGAAAGCAAAAAGGGGUUAGACCAUCAAAUGAAAAAAAAUCUUUUGAAUUAAAGAAUAAAAAUCAAAAAGAAUCCGCAGGCCAAAGAGAUCUUAGAUCAAAUGCACAAAACCAAGGAAAUCUUGUAUCUGCUCUUUCAACUCAACAAAAAGAUUUUGAAGAAGAUUAUUCGGAAUCAGACAUGAAAAAACGUAAAAAGAAAAAACAAUACAAGAGCAAUACGGAAGCAGAACUAGAUUUCUUUCUGAAAAAAUAUUUACUUUUUCAAUUGAGAUGGGAUGAUGCUUUGAAUCAAAGAAUGAUCAAUAAUAUAAAAGUAUAUUGUCUCCUGCUUAGACUGAAAAAUUCAAGAAAAAUGACUAUAUCCUCUAUUCAGAAUAAGGAAAUAAAUCUGGAUAUAAUGCUAAUUCAGAAGAAUUUAACUCUUACGGAAUUGAUGAAAAGGGGGGUAUUAAUUAUCGAACCCCUUCGUCUAUCUGUAAAAAAUGACGGACAGUUUAUUAUGUAUCAAACUAUAGGUAUUUCAUUAGUUCAUAAUAGUAGGCAUCAAACUAAUCAAAGAUACCGAGAGCAAAGAUAUAUUGAUAAGAAGGAUUUUGAUGAAUCCAUUCCAAGGGAUCAUCAAAAGAUAAUUGGAAAUAGAGACAAAAAUCAUUAUGAUUUGCUUGUUCCUGAAAAUAUUUUAUCGUCUCGACGUCGUAGAGAAUUGAGAAUUCUAAUUUGUUUCAAUUCAAAAACGAGUCAUGGUGUGAAUAGAAAUCCACUAUUUUGCAAUGAGAAUAAGGUAAGAAAUUGGGGUCAAUUUUUGGAUGAAAAUAAAGAUCUUGAUAGAGAUAAUUUAAUUAAAUUAAAAUUCUUUCUUUGGCCCAAUUAUCGAUUAGAAGAUUUAGCUUGUAUGAAUCGCUAUUGGUUUGAUACCAAUAAUGGCAGUCGUUUCAGUAUGUUAAGGAUACAUAUGUACCCACAAUUGAAAAUUCGUUGA